AAGAAGCAUCCUGCCUGCAUGACUGACUUUUAUCGAAUGGGAGAACUCGGGUGCAAAUGCUGUUGUACAGUGAAAGAAAUAUCACUGAAUCCCAGAUCAUCACGUGGAUACAUCUAGUAUGCCUGUCUGUUGUAUGAAGAUUCAGCAUUUUAUUAGAAGCAGCAAAAUAAACCGGAAGCACUGCGAUAUGAAUGAUUAUGCGUCCAAGCGACUGAACUGAGCAAACAUAUAAGACCAUGCAGAUGGAGAGGACUUAGUCUUGGCCUGGUUUAGCCCAGCGGGGAACAGCACGCUCCGGGUUCAUCUCCAGCAUGGAUCAACUUGACAAGCUGAGCAUCGAGAACUUAAUCUUCUAUCUUACAGUGCCACUGUCUUCAAUCAUCAUCCUGGCAAAUCUCUUCAUCAUAGUGGGCAUAGCCUGCAACCGUCAGCUACACAACACUCCCAACUACUUUUUCCUGAGCCUGCUGGUGGCCGAUCUUUUCACCGGCAUCGCCCUGCCGUUUAUUCCUCGCAUGUCGCUUGACCGCAAGCUAGAUUUCAAGAAUUGCUUGCUGAUGUACAUAUUACCCAACUUUUUGUUUCUGUCUUUCCUCUUUAAUCUAGUUAUGGUGCAUUAUGAGCGCUACCUAUGCAUAGUCAGUCCGCUGCACCACAGUCAGUUUUGGGUCCAUCGCUGCUUUCCCAUGGCUUUGUUGAUCGUUUGGAUCCCGCCAUUGCUUUACGCAUCACUUCCUGCGUUUGGCUGGAAUAACUGGGUGGAGCCUAAUGCAAACAAGAGCUCGGACUUAAACGAGACAGCUGGGAACUACACCGGAGGGGAUGAGGUUUGCUCCUACAAACAAGUGUUUCCAGAAACAUUUAUUUAUUUGGAAGUGUACGGGUUGGUGCUUCCGGCCAUGCUGUCCAUCGCAGGCAUGACGGGCCGGGUGUUGUGGAUAGCACGCAAGCAAGUGAAGAACAUUUGUAAGCUUCAGCGUGCCGUCGACCGUCUACAGCAGCAGUCAGACCACGAGCAACAGCUCAACAUGCGCUACGCCAAAUGCGUGGCCGCCGUGUCCCUCACGUUCCUGGUCUGCUGGGUGCCGUACAUCAUCUAUCAGCUGAUAGCUAUGGCGGCCCUGCAGAGCCGCGUGAGUUCGUCCAGCUCUACUUUAUACAUUAUCAUGUCCUGUACGGGCAUCGGCGGCAUGGCCGUCAUUCCAAUGAUUCUGGGGCUGGCCAACAAACAGUACACAGAGCCCAUCAGCAGACUUAUAUGUAAGCUGAGAAACCGCAACAGAGCUGGACAAAACAGCAGAGAUAUUGCACUUUAAAGAGUUGAUGUUUCAAUUGAAUGUGUAUUUGACUGUUAACUCAGCAGAUCUUUUGUGCACAAACUGCUUCAUAAAAUAUAAGAACAAAACACUUUAUAUGCUGUCCAUUUGUCUGUCUGUCUUUCUGUCUAUCUUUCCGCCUGCCAGUCUGUCUGUAUUCCUGCCUGCCAAUCUGUCUUACUACUGUCAGUCAGUCAGUCAGUCUGUCAGUCAGUCAGUCAGUCUGUCUGUGUGUCUAUCUAUCCAUCUAUCUGUCUGUCUGUCUGUCUGUCUCUCUGUCUGUCUGUCUCUCUCUGUCUGUCUCUCUCUGUCUGUCUCUCUGUCUGCUAGUCUGUCUAUCUACUGUCUGUUGGCCAGUCAGUCAGUCAAUCAGUCAGUCAGUCAGUCAGUCAGGCAGUCAGUCUGUUUGUCUGUGUGUGUGUGUGUGUGUUUGUAUGUCUGCCUGCUAGUCUGUCUAUCUACUGUUUGUCUAUCAGUCUGUCUGUCAGUCAGUCAGUCAGUCAGUCAGUCUGUGUGUCUUUCGACCUGUCUGUCUGUCUAUCUCUGUCUGUCUGUCUGCCUGCGUAUUUGUUGGCCUGCCUGUCUGUAUAUCUACUGUCUGUCUGUCAGUCUGUCUGUGUGUCUUUCGGCCUGUCUGUCUGUCUAUCUCUGUCUGUCUUCCUGCCUGCCUACGUAUUUGUUUACCUGCCUGUCUGUCUAUCUACUGUGUGUCUGUCUGUCAGUCAGUCUGUCUGUCUAUCUAUCUAAUCUGUCUGUAUGCCUGCCUGCCUCCUAGUCUCUCUAUCUACUGUCUGUCUGUCUAUCUCUGUCUGUAUGUCUGCCUGCCUGCCUACGUAUUUGUUCACCUGCCUGUCUGUGUAUCUACUCUCUGUCUGUCUCUCUGUCCAUCCGUCCAUCUAAUUUGUCUAUUUGUUCAUCUGUCUGUCAGUCGCAUGUUCACCAACCAGCCUGCCUGUCUGUCUGUUUGUUUUUCUCCCUCCCUCUCUCUCUCUCUCUCUCUCUCUCUCUCUCUCUCUCUCUGUCUAUCAUCUAUCUGUCUGUCUGUUUAUCAGCCUGCCUGUCUGUCUGUUUGCCUGUCUGUUUUCUUUGCUCACAAACUUAAAAUUAAGGCUAGAAAAUGACUUCAUACCGUCCAAUGCUACAGUCCUUUAAAACGUAUUCAUGAACUUUAAAAGAAAAGUCAUCCUUUCAAUUAUAUAAAAAUCUGUAAAGUAAAAAGCACUAUUUGAAGAGAUUUGGUGACACAGCGAGAAGUUCAAUUGACUACGAUGACCAUUUCUUCUUGAUAAAACACUUACGUGACAUACUUUCAACGUUGUGAAAAGCAUGUACAGUAAUUGUGAAUGAACAAAUAUGUAAAUGUUUAAUUGAUAAAUGAGAGGAUAAAACCAUGAUUUGUUAUUUUUAUCGGAUCUAAGAGAGUUUUUUUUUGUCAAAAGUUUUUCCAUUAACGCACUUUCCCAGAAACUGAACGUCCACUGACAAACCCACUAACAUUUAUCACAGUGAGAAAUAGUUCAGUGAUACAUGGAGUCUGGAGAAUAAAGUAUUGUGUGUUUCUGUCUGUGUGAGCCAAAUACAAAGAGCUCAAACUUAUAGUGGCUUCAAACAAGAUAAAUAAAAAUAAAUUAAGAUGCUUUUAUAGUUUGUGUAAGAUGUUAUGAUAUUGUAUACACUGUGAACAUUACAAAAACACUGCCGACUACUCUAAUGUUGAUCAUUACUCAAAUAGACAUUUAUAGAAAGAUAAAAGUAUUUGAUAAACAGUUGCGUUUGCUUUCUACAUAUAAAGUCUGACUCAUUGUUUCCUAAUGGUUUCAAGUUGAGCAAGGUCACAAGUUCAAGAGUAUUAAAACCACAAACACAUACAAAAACAGCACAUCCUUUAUGUUUCUCACAGACACGUCCGUAUGAACCUUUUUAGUAUUAUAGAGAAUCGAGGUUAGCUUUGAAACUACUUAACACAACUACUCCAACUAACACAAACUAACUUCUCUAAACAACAACAAUCACCAACGAUUGCCUUGGUGUCCUUGCAACACCUUGGCAACCACUCAGCACAUCC